UGUUCGUCUUACUCUAGGGGUGUAGUUAAGAGUUUGGGAUGGAUUGAGACAGUAGCUCGAGACGUGGAGAACUUCACCAUGCCUCCCAGUGAGUGCUCAAAGAGCAUAUUGUGUCUUGUUUUUGUAUUUUAGCGUGUUUGUUACAUGUGAUGCAGCUUGAUCGUGAGUUCAGAGGUUUGAUCGGAAGGGCUGAAGAGCGGUCAUGGACGGAGCCUGGGCUGUUAUUCUCAUUUCUCUGGCUAUGUUCGUGGGAUGUUUCAUGCUUGGGAUAAUCCCGCUGUUGAUCAAUUUAUCAGAGCAGAAACUGCAGCUGAUUACCGUGCUGGGGGCGGGGCUUCUAUGUGGCACUGCCCUGUCAAUCAUCAUCCCAGAGGGGGUGGAGUUAGUGCAGGAGUCAUGGAAAGACUGGUAUUGCUCCGCUGUGGGAGAGAGUCAGAAUAGCUCGGAAGCGAACUCAACGCUUCAUCUAACUGCAAAGAAAGGUCUGCGUCCUCACUUCUUCAUAGGAGUCUCUCUCGUCUUGGGCUUCACGUUGAUGUUUGUGGUGGACCAGGUUGCCAGCUACUGCUCCAUGCACGAACCCCGAGCGCACAUGUACAGCGGCAACAGUGUCACUGCCACCCUGGGUCUGCUGAUUCACGCCGCAGCUGAUGGCGUUGCUCUGGGUGCAGCUGCGGCCUCAGCGCAGGUGUCUGUGCAGGUCGUCGUGUUUUUUGCUGUAAUUCUGCAUAAGGCUCCAGCGGCGUUCGGCCUUGUGUCUUUCCUCAUGCACGCCGGUCUGGAGAGGAAGACCAUUCAGAAGCAUUUACUGGCUUUUUCUGCUGCUGCGCCGCUGAUGGCCAUCAGCACUUAUUUCAUCCUGAGCGCAUCCGAUGGCUCUUCUCAGAGCCGCCUGAGCGCCACAGGCAUCGGCAUGCUUUUCUCAGCUGGGACGUUCUUGUACGUGGCCACGGUUCAUGUCCUGCCAGAAAUCAACAGCAGAGGGCAUCAGCGCUCCGCUCACCACCAGCACCAGCAGCAGCAGGGCGGCCUGGGCGUCACCGAGAGCCUGACCCUCGUCCUGGGGACCGGACUUCCUGUGCUGUUGGCCCUCGGACUACCGCAUGACUAACCUACGAACAGACCGACGGCCAAACACGACGGAAUAGACUCCAGAACGCUUUUUUUGAUUCGAGGUUUUGUCAGGAUUGGCGUUUGACUGUUCGUUUUAUUAGCCGAGAAACAAACCACAAGCCUGUUUUUUUAUGUGUGUGUGUGUGUGUGUGUGUGUGUGUGUUCAUCGUGAAAGAGAAAAACAGACAAUCAGAUUUUAUUCUACCGUAGAAAUGAAGUAAUCGCUGCCAUGAAGUUGCUGAACGCAAGUGCAAUACAGUGCUCUUUUUCCCAAAAAUGUUCAAAUAUAGUUUUUGUUUUCCUUAAUAGCUUUGUAUUGAAUCAAGAAUGCUUCGUGUUAAUAUAAGCCAUUGUUUAUUUCGAGAACUACAAAGCGGCGCGAUCUCAAAUACAUGCACAUUGAGAUGGCGUGACGAUCUGUGUGGUACGCAACGAUCUAUUAAAAGCCAUAAAAACUG